AUGAUUGUGAAGUAAAAAAGAGAAGUCUUUCAUGUUUAAUUAAGAAGAAAUUAGAGAGAAUAAAUAUUUUCUAAAAAGAGAAUAUUAGACUAACCAUAAUAAUAAGAAGCAGUGACUUCAGAAUAAGCAAUUCUAUUUUUAAAAGGAGGAAUGUCUAAUUAAAUGAAUUUAUCAGAGAUGUUCUAAGAAUUACAUCAAUUAUUACCAAAAUAUGGAGAUCUUCAUUUAAAGACAUUACCUUAUAUCAUUUAAGGAGUUAAGAAGUAUUUAUAGGAUGCUGAUUCAUCUCUACUUUAUAUGAAUGAUGAAGAUCGUGAAAUAUCAGAAUAUACAGUAUUAGAAAUACUUUAAUAUUUGGGAUCAUUAACUUAUCAUAUUAAAGUAGAAUUUGAUUUAGAUAAUUUGAUUGAAAUGUUAGUAGCAAUACUCAACUCAACAGAUGAGUUCAAAAUGAUUGAAAGAUUAUGUUAAAUUUUUUAAAAUCUUCUUUUUGACUUCGAAGAUGCUUCUUCUUAUUUACUUAAAUGUGAGAUUGUUACAAAGUUGGCUAAUAAGUUUUUAGAUUGUAAUGUAAGUUAUGACUUAAAUAAUCUUGCUCCUAUGUUUAGAGUAUUAUAAUAAUUGGAUGGAGUUAAUUAUUAUGAUUUCAAUUAAAUACAUCCAUUAUUACAUAGAUUAUAAAAUGACUCUAAAGUUGAUACUUAAAUGUAUUGUGAAAUUAUUGAAGGAUUUUUUUCUUUUUUAGUAAAAUGCACAAAUUAAUUAACUAUUUAAGAUGAUUCAUAGAAAUUAUUACAAUUUUAGUUAUUUAAUAAAUUAUUUGAAUUUUAAUAUGUAAAUUGGUCUGUGAAUUUAUUGUAUAAGUACAAAAAUCAAAAAAAAUUAGUUCCAGUAAUAUACUCAUUUCUUCAUAAUUUAAGUUUAGGUGAUUGUGGAAAAAAAUUAAUAUCUUAAGGUGUAUUAACAGCAAUAUUUGAACAUUUAUCAGAUAAAAUUGUAUCUUAAAAUUAACUUUAUUCUAUAUUAACUAAUCUAAUAGUUGAUGAUUUUGAUAGUGUCAUGAAAAGUGGUAUAUUAAAAAAAGUCCAUUCACAAUUUGAAUAAGGAUUUUAUUCUGCUGAUUACAUAAAUGAGUUAAUGUAUUGCAUCACAAAUGCUUUUUACACAGCAAGUGAAAGUUAAAUACUUGAAUUAAUAAAACUAAGAUUGGGAGAUUGUUUAAUUUUAUAUAUAAGUUAAUAGCCAAUGGAACUUUUAGAUUUAGAAUUAUGUAGUGCUAUAUUUUAAGCAAUACAUUCAGUUUUUGUUAAAUAACCAUAAAAGUCUGUGUAUAGUUUAAAGAAGAAAAUAAGAAAUGAUUCUAUAUUUCUUGCAAGAAGCAGUUAAAUUUAUGAUAUAAGUCAUAAGGAUGAUAAAGAAUAUGAAGAUAUGCUAAAAUAUUUGAACAAAAAUGAUUGA